AUGGCGACCUUCAAACCUCUUCUCCCACCACAUAUCGCCCCACACAAUGACGCAAAUCCAAAUGCUCCAGCACGUUUUCCAAGCGUCCGGCCAUCUAUCUCGCCCGUAUUCCGCGAUAACAUGGCCCUAUCCAGCUGGCUACUGCUAGGCGGUCUACUCCAGGGUCUCAGCUUGAUAGCCCUCGGCCCAAUCACACUCCUACCCACAGCCAUAAUCCUCCUCUACCGGGUAGUAGACAACCUCCUAAUGGCCUUCAAAAUAACCCGCAACCGCUACCUCACCAACGUAAUCUACACAAAAUGGAGUCCCCAAAUCCCGAACGCAGACGGAACCUUCGGCGCCGAGCCGUCCCGCGACAAGAUCGUAGUCUUCCACCUCGGCGCGAGAAGCAACCACCCGCUUGGCAUGUUCGCGCCAAACAUGAAAGGCCUCGGCGACAGCUUCCAAGAAAUGAUCGCCGACAUGCGCGCCGACCCGCAGAAAUCAGGACUCCUGGGCACGUCGCGGUGGAUUAAGCAAGACGACGCGGCGGGCAACGAGACAAUCACGAUAUUCUACCUGCGCGACUAUGAGUCGCUGCACCGCUUUGCGUAUGGCGAAUUGCAUAUGAAGGGUGUCCGGUACUGGAAUAAGAUUGCUAAGGACAGUCCGCAUAUUGCUAUUUAUCAUGAGACUUAUGUUGUGCCCCGGGGUCAUUGGGAGGCUAUUUAUAUGAAUAGUAAGCCGACGGGGCUUGGGGAUACGUGGUUCCCGUAUAAGGAUAAGGAGGAGGAGGGAGGGAACAGUGGAUUUGUCAGGCCCAUUGUUGAUGCGCGAACGGGGAUUUUGAGGUCGAAGACUGGGAGGAUGUCGAUGGCUAGGAUGGAGGGUGCGAAGGAGUAUGAUGAGUUUUACGAGGAGGCUUAUCGGGGGUGA